AGAACUGGCAACAUGUUUGUGUUAUGAAGGAGAAAACGAAAACAGCUGGUUGAUCUCCCACUUGUAUAGUUAAUUCUAGGUAUUCAACGUUCUAAAAUACAUUAUUUGACGCUAGUGAUUGUUUUGAACUAUUUAGUGUGAAUGUGCUCGAUAAUUAGUUAUGCAUUCGAUAAAGUUAAAUGACGAUUUUAAUGUAUCGAAUAGUGUUUAAAAAAAGAUUAGAAACCACCAUUUUGUGAACGUACUUCGUGUUGUUUUGUUCCUCAUUUUAUUGACGUAGAAUGUCAGUGCUUAUUUACUAAAGAUAUUUUUCUGUACGAUAAAAAUGGGUGGCGUUGUGAGUUCUGGUCAAAAUAACGACGAUCUUAUAGACAAUUUACUCGAGGCAGAUUAUAUCAAAACACCUCUAAUAGAAAGAGUUUUUCGUGCAGUUGAUAGAGCCGAAUAUUUUUUACCAGAAGGUAGAGCUAACGCUUAUAAGGAUUUAGCAUGGAAAUUCGGUAAUCUACAUUUAUCGGCCCCGUGUAUUUACAGCGAAGUAAUGGAAGGACUUUGCCUAAAACCCGGAUUAUCGUUUUUAAAUUUAGGAUCCGGUACUGGUUAUUUAAGCACCAUGGUGGGUCUCAUUAUCGGUCAUUACGGUAUCAAUCACGGUAUAGAAUACCACAACGAAGUCGUUCAAUACGCCAACAAGAAACUGGAAGAUUUCAAAAAAUAUUCUGGAAGUAUCGACGAAUUCGAUUACUGCGAACCGAAAUUUAUACAAGGAAAUUGUUUGUGCCUUACCACUGAGUGUAACGCUCAGUACGAUAGAGUUUAUUGCGGCGCCGCUUGUCCUGAACAAUACGCAAGUUACAUGAAAAAUUUACUCAAAAUCGGCGGGAUACUCGUAAUGCCUCUCGAUGAUCAAUUGAUGCAAAUUAAACGUAAUUCAGAGACUAGUUGGGAAGUUAAAUCGUUGCUACCGGUGUCUUUUGCUUCACUUAUCCAACCAACAGAAGGAAAACAAGAUUGGGUGCAAUUAAUGGAAAUUGAGCCUCAAUCACUACAAGUACUCUGUAGGGCUACAAUAAGAAAUAUUUUGAGAAAAAACGUAGAAAUGGAACAUCCCCCGGUUAAACGUCAAUCUAAUAUAACCACCAAAGCCCCAAAGAGAAAGAGAGCCCUAAGAAGAUUAGUAGUACCUUUAUUUGACUCUGAAGAUAGUUCCGAUGAUGAAAGACAUGUUAGAAUCAGUGCUGGUAGAAACCGUGAUGGUGGUCGAGCUUCAUUCAGAGAAGAUAAUGGGGGUUUUUUCAAUUUCGUUUUAGGUUCGGUUAGAGAUGGUAGAACGUUUUUUUCAGCUUCUUUAGAUGAAAGAAAUAACAGUAGUGGUAGAGAAAAUAACACAGAAACCGAAUUAUCUAGCGAAGAUAAUAGAAUGGAAACCGAUACUGCUGAAUCCACCAAAGAAUGUAAUAAGAAACCUAAAAUAGAAACGGAAGCUGUAAUAGAACACAGACCGAGUACAAGAAACGCAGAAUGUACUAAUGGAGAUGUUAAUGAUGGUGUCGAAGACCAAAAUGGAAGUUUAAUAGAUUCGAUGAACGAGAUCCACAACGUUUUCGUCGACGUUAUAAAUGUAUUGAGGAACGAAACUGACGUUAACACCGAAGAGGAACCUCGAAGCGGUCCUAGCGAAGAGAAAAAAAAAAGGGAAAAAUUCGAUAGCGGAUUAGGGGAGGAGAUUGCUUUUAAUCACGCAGUUUCGUCAGAAGAUGAUACAAUUGAAGAUGCCCGUUGUAGUAGUGACGAAGAAGGUAACCAUAACGAAAAGGGGAAUAAACGUAGUCAGUUAAGCGAAAAUAAAAGUUCUUCUUCUAUAUUGAAAUGGCGUCGUAUCGAGAGCGAUAUUCAAGGGAUGUUUAUUGAUAGCAGUAGCAGUAGUGAUAAUGAAAAUGAUACUCAAAAGAAAAUCGACGAUAACGAGAUGAGGAUGUAUAAGAGUCCUUAUACCGAACAUAUGAAAGCUAAAAUUCAACAGUUACCAUUACCGACUAUUUUGAAGAAAUAUAUUAAUUAUUAUAGAGACUUUUAGUGAGUUUUGUGAUUAGUGUUUAUAACGCGGUUGUACAGGUAGUAAGUGUUUUUAUGUUUUUUUUUUUUAAAUUAAAAAAUUAUCGGUCAAACUAGCUUCAGGAAUAAUUGUUUUUUACUAAUUUUAUGAGAAAUGGUUGUGGUUUGUCGAAUUUGUUAGGUAUUUCGAUGAUAUUUAUUCGAUUUUGUUUACAACUUCGUCCUGAUUUCGAUUUUUCUGUAUUUUUUUACUUAUUUAUCUAAAUUUUUUUUCCUAAUAUCUACUUUUCUUUUUAAUCAGAUUCAUGCUCUAAUUUUAUAAGAAAUUACACUAUUUUUUUAAAUUUAUUGCAAAUAUUCUACCCUAUUUUGCUUUGCCACCAAUUUCUCUAUAAACAUCUUCGAAACAAUUUGUUUUUUGAUGUAGUUUUGGAAUUUUAUAGCAAAUUUUCUUUAUUUUCUUCUUUACUUUGUGUACAGCUUCUCUUCGAUAUAAAUUUUUCUCUAAACUCAAAUUUUUUUUCUUCGUUAGUAUAUAUAAAAAAUUCAUUUCUUUUUCCUUCUUUUAUGCAACUUGUUCUUAUUUCAUGGAAAUUUGCAUUACUCAUUGAAAUUUAUUACAAAUAACUUGUCUGGUUAUGAAUUUUUUUUAUUAUCUGUGGCCCUUUAUUCCGUUAAUUAUCUCAACAGGUUUUCUUAAACAUCCCUUCUGAUCAAUCUCUUUUUUCAUUAUCUAAACUUCAUUUUCUAUCAUUUACUUUUGUUUCUAUUUAUAUUGUUGCAAUUAUCUUAUGGGAUAUUGCACCAUUUGUAUUUUAUGGUAAAUCUUCUUUAUUAACCCACUUGUUUUGUUAAUAUCUUUGUUUUGGUACCAAUUUCAACAAUUUUCUCUUGAUUGUCUCAGUUUCAUUUUCUACGAUUUACUUUUGGUUUCGUUUAUAUUGUUGCACUAUUUUUAUGGGAAAUUGAUCUAUUUUUGGAAUUAUAUAGCAAAUUUUCUUUUGUUUCAAGCUUUGUUUUAGUACUGAAUUCCCUAUAAAAUCCUUCGAUUUAUUUCAUUUUCUCACUCAUUUAUCUAAAUUUCUUUUCCUAGUAUCUAGUUUUGAUUUUGUCUAUAUUGUGGUUCAGUUUUAAUGCAUUAUUGUUUGAGGUUUAUUUGAAAUUUCCUCGAAUUUUUUAUUUUUAGUUUUGUUUUGGUACCAAUUGUUCUAAUCGAAACUCUUUGCUAGUUUAUCUAAAUUUCAUUUCCUUUUACUUCUAUCCAUAUUAUAUUUCUUAUUUAAGGGGAAUGAAGCUAUUUUUUGAAUUUCAUAACAAGUCUUAUCUAUUAAAUAAUUUUCCCUCCUAUUUUAUUUCAAACUUUGUUUUGGUACCAAUUUCUUCAUAAAUUCCUUAUUUUCUCACUCGUUCACCUAAAUUUCUUUUUCUGGUACUUACUUUUCCUUUUGUUUGUAUUGUUGCACUAUAUUUAUGGGAAAUUGGCCAUUUUCGGAAUUUUAUAACAAAUUUUGUUCAUUUUCCCUCCUUUGCUGUUUUUAGCUUUAUUUCGGUACCAAUUUUUCUAAUUGAAACUCUUCGAUAGUUCAUCUAAAUUUCAUUUUCUACUUUUCAUUAUAGCUUCAAAUGAUAUUGAUCCAACCUGUUGAAAUUUAUUGCAUUUCUUCUUUAUUUUUCUUUCUUCCUUUUCACGUUUUGAAUAAUUUUUCAUUUCGCAGUUAUCUUACUAUCUAAUCUUCAUUUAAAAUAUGAAACUGUCUCUCAUUAAAUUUAGUGUUUCCUGUUUCUAGAAAAAUAAUUCGCUUUUAAAAUCUAAAUAAAAAACAUAAAAACAUUUUUUAUAAAUAUCCCAAUUUAUGAUAUUAAAAAAAUUUAAAAUAAAAUUAUUUUCUCAGUUAGCUAGUUAUAAAAAUAAAAUAUAAUUUGUGUAUUUCGUGCUUUCUAAAUUCCUUAUAACGAACAAAAUUAAUUUAAACCCAAUAAAUAUUGCUCAAAUAUAGAACUUAGAUCAAUUUUAUGUGAUUUAGAUGGUUAUGUAUGACAUAAUUCGAAUUUAUACAUUUCCGAGAAAAAAAAAAUACAAAUUAACACAUUUUUACAAUAUUUCUGCCCCCAUAAAAACGUCACUUUCUUCCAUAUUGAAUCAAUUCUAAUUCCAACUUAUUCCACGGAAAGUUAUUCUUCCCUAAUUUGAGUUUUCAUUGUAUAUUUUUAUGUUUUCAUACUUAUUAUUAAAGUGAAGUUUGUUAUAUUUUCAAAUUUUAAUGAUUUUCCGAAAUAAUACAUAGGACAAACUAGCAUAAAAACGUUAUAAAUGAUAAAGGAACAUUUUGAUAAUUUAUUGCAAUUGUAAAUGAUAGUUAUAUUGAAAUAACCGAAAAUUACAACUUUAUUUUCGUGAAAAUAUAAGAAAACUUGAGAAACUGUUUACCUACGUAUAUUUAUUCAUUACGUUAGUUGUAUUCGAACAGAAUUUAAUUUUUGUGGAACUUUAUGUAUAAAUCAUCAAUUUAAGUUGGGAAUAAUAAAUUAGAUGAGAAAUCA